AUGGCCAGCCGAUUCGUGGUGCCCGACAGUAGCCCACCCAGCAGCGCGCCCUCAACACCCGACCGAUGGCCGCAGCGCAGCUAUGGCCUACCUGAUCUGGGCGGCCAGCCCUCGACGACACCUGGAGGGCCGCCGCCGCCCUCGUCUGCCGCCUCGACGACGCCUGCAGGAGCGCCCUCGGAUGCCUUCCUCGGCAGCUCCAUCAUGCGCGGCGUCAGCAAACCCAGCUUUGCCGGACGCACACUGUUUGAACGAAGCGAUGCCAGCAACGCGCCGCUCGGCCGCUCUAUCCGAGGGCGCGAGCUGGGCCCGUCUGGCUUAAGUCGACAGUUCAACUUCGAUGAGGACGCCGAAGGCGAGGAUGUGGAUGCCGAGGGCGAGGACGAGCUGCCUCCCCCGCGCGGCAGCCUUUUCCGCAUGUCGCACACUGACGCAUAUCAAGCUCCUGAGGCUGAUGCGGAUGGCGAUGAUAUGGAGGCCGAGAUUGAACGAUUUCUUCUGCAAGAAAUGGCCAUGCAGCAGCAAACCGCGGACGAAGGCCUCACGCUCGACGACAAAGGAUCUGAGCAAGGCGACAUGUUCCUUAACAUGCGACACGAUGAUAGACCAUAUGGCCAGCCCAUCAUCGGCGAGGGCGACGACCUCAUCAUGCUGAAUACGCCCGCCGCUACCCACAAGGCCCGCAAGGAAGCCGAAGACAUAUUCCGUCGAUCAUCUGCACACUUUGGCGCGUCCACGAAAAACAAGGAGUUCCGAUUCGGUACCAUCGCGAGAGACAUUUAUACGAGCCAAGACGCCGCUACUCUGAGCGAGCCGACUGAUCUGAUUCUCAGCAACGAGGCUCUCGUCUGUCGUCUGUACAAGGAUGGCGUAGGGGCCGAAGAAGACGUGGACAAGAUGGACAAUUCCCUUGCCACUAUCUCGUAUCGCCUGAUUCAACUCUGGAAUGAUUACGUAGAAACCUUUCCCGAACCCGAAGGAGAGGAUUUUGCGUCUAUUGGCCCCGGCACGAAGGCCCAGCCUUUUGAAAAGGCCGCGUUCGUCGCCCACCUGAUUCUCCGCAUCCACCACACAAGAUUCGACCCCGAGACCGAGCAGGAAAAGACACCGCCGCUGCCAGAGGUCCUCUUUAGCUGGCUGGAUUCCAGUCACAAUCUCUUCCCCGACCAAGUUCGCGAAAUUAGUCGAUACAAGCCCAGUCCAGCAUGUCACAGCUUGUUCUGGCAAACCUUGCGAAACGCCUUACUCCGAGGAAACGUCACUGGUGCGUCCCAUCUGCUGAAGAAUGCUGGAUGGGAGCACGUACGCAAAGGCACGCGUGGAGAAAAGGCAUAUACGGGCAAGGCUUUUGACAAUGUCCGACGCUUUGCCGCUGCCACCUGUGAGGUCCUGGAACAGUGCCCUGCCGCUAACGGCGACUGGGAUAUCUGGAACAGCGCCUGGACUCUGUUCCGUGUACGCGCCAAGGGCUCAUUGGAUAGACUAACUCUUUUCGCAGAGGGUCGCGAAGCGCAGAUGGAUGAUUAUAAUGGCGGCUACGGCUCUCCCGCCCAGUCCAUGACCACAAUGGCAAAGGAAGCGUCGAGCCAGCUCCCAUGGGAUGUCUACGAACACCUGCAAACGGUGUAUGGUAUCGUUCUUGGCGACCACGAGGCCAUUUUGGAGACUGCUCAGGACUGGUGCGAGGCUACGGUGGGACUUUUCGGAUGGUGGGACGACAGCACACAGCGGCGCAAGCAUCUGCGUAUCACACAGGGCCGUUUCAACGCUUCGACGAGCCGAUUCGGGGCUUCCGAUGACUACUUAGACCGACUUUCUGAUGCCUUCCACAAGGUCAUCCAGUCUGAUCUAAAUCCCAAUACGAUGGAUCCCGUUGAGGUUGCGCUUGCCUCUACGUUCGAAGGUAACGUCACAGCAGUGGUUGGGUGCCUCCGAACCUGGUCGCUACCCGUCUCAUGCUCGGUUGCGGAGAUUGCCUCGCUUGGCGAGUGGCUUCCGCCCACAAAAUUGGCCACUGAUUUGCCAUCAGAUGGUCUCGACAUGGACGAUCUGGCGCUUCUUGGAAUCACACAGCCGUCCGAAGAUGAGAAGCAAGGAAUCAAAGAUACAACACUGGUGCUCUAUGCCCGGGAACUAGCCGGCAUCGAGCAUAUGUCCCCGCAACGAGACGGCUGGGAAAUAGCGAUUCAGGUUCUGGGUCGAAUGGAUCUUGCAGACAAGUCAGAGCAGACUGUGGGCGAACUUUUACGAGACUUGCUUGCAACACUUACCCAGCACUCGGGUCACACGGUAGACAAGAUGUGGAGGAUACUUAAUGAGCUAGGCAUGAUGAACUUUGCCGAGGAGACUGCCGAGACAUUUGCGGACAUCCUGGCCAAGGAAUCACACCGCUAUGGUGAAGCGCUAUGGUAUUUUGCGCUGUCGCACAAGACGGAGCGCGUUCGCGAGGUACUGAACUUGCUCACAUCGUACUCGCUGGUUCAGUCCACAGCGUAUCCAGCAGAAACGGAGCUGGAUAAUGAACUUAAGAAUCUCUUGCGAAACCGCUCAGCGACGUUGGAGAGAAGAGCGGAGCAGGAUCUCGAAGCAGCACAACUACUUGGUCGCAUGCUGAGUGGGUACGCGACACUUCGCAAGUUUUACGAGCUGCGAGACGAAUAUGCGCAUGAAGAUGCGUCGUCGUCCAAGGCAUUGUCGCUACGGAAGAAGGCUGCGCUUGCACUGGUGGCAGCCAUUUCUAGCUCAGACGAUAAUAUUCGUGGCGGUCUCUACGACGACGCACGAGAUGCGGUCAUCAGCGAAGACUUCCUGCUUGCCCUGCUAGGAGAAGCUACAGUGUUCCUAGGCCAGAAGCCUUGUACGGUGUCUCUCGAGCAGAUCGACAUUCUUCUCAAGGCGAUUGAGGACCUACAGACAGUGGGCUCGCGCGUGUACGAGGCGUGCGACGAGUUCUUCAAACUGGUGCUGGCCUCUGGGCAAGGGUUCAAGGGGUCGACGCCAGCGGAUCUGCUCAAGUCGACCAACGCGCUGGGGGCGAGCAGCUACAUGAUGACGGGCAGCUCGAUGCUGGUGAGCCAGCUGCACAAGACGGGCCGGGUCGAGAGGGGCUGGGACUGGCGCAAGCAGUGGCAGGCGUCGACCAAGAGCGACGAGGUGCUGCGCAGGCUGCGGCUGGGAUUGGCGCAGGAUCUUGCGGCGCUGUGGCUGGAAGAUGCGGACGGCGCGGCGAGGGCGUUUUAG